AUGACUUACAUGAGGCCACUAGAGGUUGCUGCCACAAUAAAGGAGGACGACAGCUCUGCUGGAUGGACGCUGAGGAGGAACACUACCAGAGAAACCAGGACUCAGUGUGAUGACUGGGGAAGAUCAGCUGGUUCUUCCUGUAACAUCAGUUAUAUCACCAUAUGGGACAGUGGAGUUUACUGGUGUGAGUCCAGAGAGGGAGCAACCAGUAACACCAUCAACAUCACUGUCACUGAUGGACCAGUGAUCCUGCAGAGUCCUGUCCUCCCUGUGAUGGAGGGACAUGAUGUCACUCUGCACUGUAAAACAAAGACCCCUCCCUCCAACCUCCCAGCUGGUUUCUAUAAAGAUGGCUCCCUCAUCAGGACUGAGCCUACAGGUCACAUGACCAUCCACCAUGUUAACAAGUCUGAUGAAGGCCUCUACAAGUGUAACAUCAGCGGUCAUGGAGAGUCUCCAUCC